AUGGAAAUUCAUUUUUUUCAGGCUCAAGUUUACACAUUCGAAUAUGAGCCUGCUAAAUUAGAGGACUUACGCGUAGUUGUCGGAGUAGAUUUCGGCACAACUUUUUCGGGAUUUUCUUACGCCUACAUUCAAGACAAUAAGGCAAAAACAGAAAUUGUAGUGAAUGAGGAGUGGGGAAAUUUUAAAAGUACUAAUAAAACCAAUACUGUAUUACAAUACGACGAAAACAAUGGAGUUGUCACUUGGGGAGCUGAUGUCUUAAGUUCUGAACCAAGUAGAAGGAAAAAAUUUAACAAUAAACUACCAAGGCCUGUUGAAUACUUUAAAUUUUAUUUAGGAGAUGUUCCUGAAAGCAAAAAGCCAAAAUUACCAUCUGGAAUUACUUUUGAAAAAGCGAUAACCGAUUAUCUUCGUCAAAUGGGUAUUGACUUUACGAUGAUAGAGAAAAUCGAGAAUCAUUGGCCCGGAAUUAAUUUUUACAAUAAUGUUCGACUUGUUUUUACCGUACCUGCCGAAUUCAACGAGAAUUCCAAGACAAUUAUGAGAAGGUGCAUAUACAAUGCCGGCUUGAUACAAUCUAUUGGCACAUUAAAUCUUCAAUUUACUACUGAACCGGAAGCUGCUGCGAUUCAUUGCAUGAAUAGGUUGAAAGAACUCAAAUUAACGACUGGAGCAAAAUAUUUGGUCGUCGAUUGCGGUGGAGGAACUGUGGAUUUGAUAGUUAGAGAAUUAUUAGCUGAUAAUCGAUUAGCAGAAACAACAGUACGAACAGGUGAUUUUUGCGGUGGUACCUACGUCGAUGACGAGUUCCUAAAAUUUCUCGAGCGUAGAAAAAAAUGUCCUGCAAUUAAGCAAUAUGUCACUGGAUCAGAAAGAGAGCAACUGUCAGAAGUUGAUGAAUGGGUUAUUGAUCUUGAUUUUGAUACUGUGAAAUCGUUUUUUGAUCCGUUGGAGGUUUCGGUGAAUCAAAAAUAUCUUCAAUAUAGAAUUAAAGAGAAAUUUGGGAAAGUUUUGGAAGUAGCAAUUCCACCUAGCCCGGCUGCUGCAAUUGUAAAGGGCGCCUGUGAAUAUGGUCUAGAUAUGAAAACCGUAACCACUAGAGUAUUAAAAUGGACUUAUGGAGUUGAGGUUUCUAAAAUAUGGGAAACCGGUGAUCCACCAUCUCGUAAAACGCACGAUGGUCGCAUUCAUAAGUUUUUGUUGUUGGCUAGAAAAGGAACAGAGGUUGAUGUAGAUGAAGAGUUUUCAGAGAGUAUGAUACCAAUUUACCCAAAUCAAACGUCCAUAUUAUUUAAAUUUUUUUAUACCACAAAAUAUAAUGCAACAUUUUGUGAUGAACCAGAGAUGAAAAGUUUGGGUAAUUUCGAGGUUGAUUUGCCCGACACUCAUUUGGGACUGAAUCGUUUUGUGCUCAUAUCGUUAUGCUUCGCAUCUAUGGAAAGUACUGUCGCAACAGCAAAGAAUGAAAUUAAUGGCAAAGUUUAUCGCACGACAUUUUCAACUAAAUGUUAA